GGUUCAACGGAGUAGUAAAUCAGACUAGGCUAGGGAUCAUAACCAUAAGAAAAACAUACAAGUUAAUAAUGUCACUUUUCCGAAAACCAAAAAAACACAUAGUUCAAAAGCGUGUUUUCCUCGAAAGCAAUGACGACGACGAUGAAGAACCCAUGGAAAUUACCGAAAUUCCUCAAACUGAAAGGAAGCCGAAGAAAAAAGACAAAUGGGCGAAAUCCAAACAGACGCUAUUGAGUUUUGAAACUGAAGAAGAAGGUGAAGUUUUCCAAGUAAAAAAAUCAUCACACAAUAAAAAGGUGAUGCGUAUGUUUGAAAAGGAAAAAAAGAAAAAGGACAAAUCCGACAAAGAGGACAAAAAAGAUAAGGACAAAACUGAAAUUGUUACUGACGAUUUGGUGUUGGUAAUCAACCCAAGUCACAUUAAACCUCCAACGCCUCCACCACCCAUAUUGAGUGGUCGAGAUGCUUUAUGUGCAGGUAAAAAUGAUAUGUCUUCUGAAGAAGAUGAAGAUUCUAAUACCACAAUGCAUAGAUUCUCCAAACCAGAGAGUUUUAAGAAAGUUCUCGAGUCUGGUGCUAUUCCUGAUGCUGCAAUGAUUCAUGCUGCUAGGAAAAGAAGGCAAAGAGCCAGGGAAUUAGGAGAUUUUGUGCCAGUUGAGGAGGAAGAGCCGGAAGAUACUGGUCGUUUAAUUAGAGACGAUGACAAUGAAGAAAGCGAAGAAGAAAGAAUAGAUAUGGAUGUUAAUAUGGCUAAAAGAGACCAAGACCGACGUCGGGAGCAAUUUUUGUCAGCACAGGGCUCUGAUCAUGAGUUGGAUGAGUGGGAAGAUCAGCAAAUUCGAAAAGGGGUUACAGAAAAUUGUCUCAUCGCAGGCGCUGCUAUGUCUGCUGCUCAAGAUGUAAUGGUUGAAGGCCAUCAAACAGAACUAGUACCAGUGUCUCAACCUCAACUGUCAGCUAUAGAUCCAGGAAUUCCUAGGACGCCUGAAAUGAUUGCUCAAAAACUCAGAGACCACUAUAAAGAAAUUUGUUCUUCACGAGAUGAAAACUUAACAAAAUUGAAGAACAUCCAACAGGAAAUUCAACAAGCAGGAGAAGAACUUGAAGAUUUGCAGUUAAAAGCUCCAGAAGCCGCCGAGCGUUUUAGAUUCUAUCAAGAGCUUAGAGGGUACAUAACAGACUUGGUAGAGUGUUUUGAUGAAAAGGUUGGAGUAAUUUCCAUCUUGGAGCAGAGGGCGUUGGAUUUAAUGGCCAACAAAUCAGCAUGGCUUACAGAAAGAAGACGUCAGGAUGUCAGAGACCAAGCUGAAGAAGCCACUAAUAAAGCAAUGAUGAGAAAGGGACCAGAUGAUGAAGAAAAAGUGAGGAGGGCUGCGGAACGGGAAGGAAGAAGAACGCGGAGAAGGCGGGCCAGAGAAAUACCAAAUCAGAAUAUGCCCAAACAUGUAGAGGGCAUGUCUAGUGAUGACGAAAUUUCACAGCAAAAUAUUUUGACAUUCGACAAAGAAAAAGAACAAAUUGUUCAAGAAUUACAGGAAAUAUUUGAAGAUGUAAUGGAUGAUUACUCUUCAGCGGCGAAUAUUCUUAUUAGAUUUGAGCAAUGGAGAAGUAAGGAUAUAAUGGCUUAUAAUGAAGCUUAUGCAACUUUGUGCCUACCGAAAGUAGUGAGUCCAUUGGUGAGAUUAAAUUUAAUAUUUUGGGACCCUUUGAAUGGGACAAUUGAACUAGAGAAGCUCGAUUGGUACAGAACCUUGGCCCUUUAUGGUUUGCACGACGGGGAGUCUGAACACUCCCUCUCCAAAGAUCCAGAUAUUAACCUUUUGCCCACAAUCAUUGAAAAAGUGUUGGUUCCGAAGUUAACCCAACUGGUGGAUAGAUGUUGGGAUCCUUUGUCAAGUUCCCAAACUUUAAGAUUGGUGGGAGUAGUAGGAAGAUUUAUUAGGAAAUAUCCUAGCCUUGGGCCGGCUAGCAAAUCGUUGACGAAUCUUUUUGGGGCAAUUUCCCACAAAAUGCAAAUUGCCCUAGAACAUGAUGUUUUUAUCCCAGUAACACCCAAAUUAGCAGAUAGUAAAAACCCUUUCUUUCAGAGACAAUUUGCCAGUGGCCUAAAACUUUUGAAAAAUAUUACUAGCUGGCAGGGUAUUUUGAAUGAUAACAAACUCAAGGAGUUGGCCUUGACUUCUCUUUUGAACCGGUAUUUACUUAGUGCUCUAAAGUUUUGUGCCCUGACCGACGCCGUUCAAAAAAUUAAAUUAAUCAGUCAAAUCUUACCCAGAGUUUGGCUUCAAGAGAGCAUGCCAGAAUUUAAGUUGUUCAGUUCUUCCAUAAAUACUUUGUAUGGUCAACUAGAUAAAGAUAACCCAUUGCAUUUGGAGUCCCUAGAUAUAUUGCAUGGUAUUAUGAAAACAUUGAGGAGUGUUAAUGUCUAAUACAUUUAAAGGUGCAGAGGUUUUUUUGCAUCUAUAGUAAAGUGCAAAUAAUUUA